AUGAAAGAAAGUAAUCACGAUGCUCGUCACUUAUGGUAUCUUAGCACACGCGUUGGAGGCAUGCCCCCUGAAGUGCUCUCUGUUGUGUGCCUGGGUUCCGCCACCACCCAAGGCGGCCAAAAUGAGGGGUUCGAACUCAACCAUCCAAUACACAUGAGGAGCACCAGCUGGAUCUUCUGCAAAGUCAUCAUUAGAAUCUGGAGGUGUGCGUUACCACCCCUGUCAUGCCGCCUAUCACAUUCAUGGCACUUGUCGGCUCGGCGAGCCUUGUCACGGCGCCCUCCUCAUCGCUGGCCGUACCCCCGAUUCUCUCGACAGGAUAGGAGAAGAGCUAGAAAUGCCAUAAUUGAACUGUCCCGUCCUCAGCACCCUUAUGUCCCUUGGACACGACUCUUAUCAGUGAAGCUGAAUGAAAAGGAAACAGUGAAGGAUCUUCUUCAGAGGGGUCACUUCUCCGCUAAACCGGUCUGCUGGGCGACAGCAAGGAUCACGUUCCCUCCCGAAGCUCUUUCCCUUUCGCAAAAAUUCCGAGACUCUGUCUCUCGAAUAUGUUCUGGGUGUGUUACACAUGGUCCCGAGUCCCUGGGUAAGGCCCGUGGGAGGUUUGGCUUCGUUUGUGAACCUUCAACCUCAGGAGGUAAGAAGCCUCCGAGUUAA